CCUAUCGAUCAAGCGCACGAAACGGAGAUUCCAGAACUGUGGUGAUUUUGUGCAAAUAUAAAGGGGUACAAUUUUUGGUGUUUUAGCGUCUCUAUCCAAGAGCCUAUUAUUCUAGCCAUACUUGCAUGCAAUUGCGCAUAAAAUCCGGAUAACAAUACAUUAUUAUAGCAUCAUGCCAAUCCAACUCAAAAUUUUCGUGGUCGUCUUCCUUACAUUAUGGCUGCUGAUAACAGCAUCAACUCCUGCUACAGGAAACCCUGAUGCUAAGAGAUUGUACGACGACUUAAUGAGCGGCUACAACCGUCUUGUUCGGCCCGUCAGUAACAAUUCAGAUACCCUUACAGUGAGAAUGGACCUCAAGUUAUCUCAACUCAUUGACGUUAAUAUGAAGAACCAAAUCAUGACGACCAAUAUGUGGGUAAAUCAGGAAUGGUCCGAUCAUAAACUUAAAUGGGAUCCUCAAGAGUACGGUGGGGUCCGACAGUUAUAUGUCCCUGCUGAACAAAUAUGGUUACCGGAUAUUGUUUUAUACAACAAUGCCGAUGGAAAUUAUGAGGUGACUAUCAUGACAAAAGCUAUUGUCCAUGAUGAUGGCAGAGUCGUUUGGAACCCACCAGCCAUCUACAAAAGUUCCUGCCAAAUAGAUGUGCAGUACUUUCCAUUUGAUCGCCAAGAAUGCCAAAUGAAAUUUGGAUCCUGGACUUAUGACGGGUAUCAGGUUGACCUACGACAUUUGAAAGAAACAGAAAAUUCCAGUCUUGUACCUCUGGGCAUAGACUUAAACGAAUUUUACUUGAGUGUUGAAUGGGACAUUAUGUCUGUCCCAGCCAAGCGUAGAGAGAAAUACUAUGCUUGUUGUAAUGAACCGUAUCCAGAUAUCACGUUCAACAUCACGUUACGUAGGAAGACUCUGUUCUAUACGGUCAAUUUAAUCAUUCCUUGUGUAGGUAUAGCCUGCUUAUCCAUCGUAGUUUUUUACCUUCCUUCCGACAGUGGUGAAAAGGUUACACUGUGUAUUUCCAUUCUUCUGUCACUAAUUUUCUUCUUCUUGGUACUUUCGGAAAUUAUCCCUUCCACAUCUUUAGCCCUGCCACUGCUAGGAAAAUAUCUCCUAUUCACAAUGAUUCUCCUUACUGUAACCGUUGUAUUAACCACGGUAGUUUUAAAUGUCCAUUUUAGAUCUCCUUCUACCCAUAAAUUGAGACCAUGGGUCAGGAAAGUAUUCAUUCGUACACUUCCGAAAAUUCUAUUAAUGAGAGAGCCACAGUACAAGAAUUACAGUGACACUGACAACAAACAAGACGAUGAUGACAUCAAGGAUGGCGUCAGAAAAGAUCGGACUCCUAGCGUUUCUGAAAGGCAAGGUUCUGGCCCAGGAAGAGAAAAUACUCCCCAUCCUUUUCGUCUUUCUACAGCAGAGGAAAUUAUUAUUCAAGAACUUGAAUCGAGUCCAGGUUUCUUGGAAAGAAGGCUACCAGAAAGAAUGGAAAAAACCAUCCACAAUGCCAUGUUUAUCGCUCAACAUAUUGAUAAUCAAGACGACUUUAAUAGCAUUAAAGAAGACUGGAAGUACGUUGCUAUGGUACUCGACCGACUGUUCCUGUGGCUAUUCUCAACUGCCUGUAUUACAGGCAGUGUCGGCAUCCUUCUUCAGUCGCCAUUUCUCUACGACACAGACAAACCUAUUGACGUCAAACUCUCCAAAGUAGCUCAGAUGCAAGAAAUGCGUUACGAUUGGCUUGAAAUAUAAAUUUCCUAACACAUUCCUAAUAUUUAAUUCUUACAUGAGAAUUUUUCAUUAAGCAAAAUGGAUAAACAACAACAACAAAAAAAAACAACAGCAAUUAUUUUAAUACUAUUUUAUCAAGUUUCCUCAAACACUACUAUUUGAUCCAAGGUCAACCAUAUGUGGCCUAGUGGGUAAUGUAAUGGGCUACUGACCAAGAGUCCGUAGUUUGAGACACGCUCACCUGUGGGUAUGUUAUAAAACUAACAAUCAAUACUGUUAUUCUGUUCAAAAUUCCGGUAAAACCCUUGCAGUAGGAGGGUAUAGUAGGCUGGCUGCUUUGGCUCCUUCUCAUCAAUAGUCCAAAAUUAAGGACAGGGAUAUCUGAACUCUAGAGAGUCUUUGACCUGGCUGUUUAUCUUACGUACACAUAAGGUCUUUCGGGUUGAAAAUUCUAUUAAUUAAAAACAUAUCCUGGAUUAAGUUUUCCCCAAUUUUAUAAGUACAUAAUACAUACAACAAUACAAAAUUUCUUAAUUGGAACAUUGUAGAAAGUUAUGUGAAAUGUUUUAUUUUGUAACAGUAGGUCAGAGGUUAUGAAUAAUUGGUUGAUUCCUAUUUGAUCUCAAUUACUGUUUCAACCUUUUGAUAAAUUUCAAUUUGCGAAAAGUUUUUAUUAAAUUUCACACAAGUAAUUUAAAUGUCAAUUAACAUCAUAAAUUAUAAUUAUUUCUAUUCUACACGAAUACUUAGUAAUAACAAAUAACGUAAACAGAAAUUAAAAAGCGUUUUAAUUUCUUUGGAAAACUUUUAAGAAGUCAUGAUUCAAUCAUUAAUUAUUUUAUCUAAUUUGAAUUUUUUUAAUAUAUUGAAACGUAUAGGUUGGAAAUAAAAAGUAUCUUGUUAUAAAAGUUAUUUAUGAAACUAGAAUUUUGCCUGGUCCAUGUUGUGAGUCAAAUGGGUUUUAUUAUGAUUGUUUUUUAAAAAAUGUAGAAAAAUCUUGUUAAAUUUCUGUUGUCUCGUUUUUCUGAUGUCAUCAUUUGAUAUGAAUUGGUUAAUAUUUAGUAUAAGUAGUUGUAUAGUGCAAAUCAUAUACCCUGUGCAAUUAUUUUCAAAGAGACGUAAACUUACCGGUUUGUGACAUGAUUGUCUUCCCAUAUUGUCAAACAACAAAAACAGUUUUUUUUUAUCUUAUCCAUAGUCUUACUAUAACGUUACCACAACAAAGACAAUGUUUAUUGUUCUCUCAUUCGUGGUCUUACCAUAUUAUUGACCGUAAAAGGCAGUGCUUUUAUUCAUAUUCAUGGUCUUACCAUAAUGUCAAAAAAUAAAGAUGUUGGUUAUUAUUCUCUUAUUCGUGUUUUUACCAUGUUGUCCAAAAACAAUAGUUAUUAUUUUGUUAUUCGUGUUCUUACAAUAUUGCCGAACAAAAAGGACAUUGUUGUUGGGUUGUUUUACAUCCAAUCUAAACAGAAUGUCGUACUAAACAAAGACAGUGAGUGAUUAUUAUUCUCUUCUUCAUGAUCAUACCAUAUUGAACAAAAGGACAGUGGUUUAAUUCUUCUUUCCAUAGUCUUUU